CGCCGCAGCUCUCCCCGCGCCCCACUCGCUGCCCGCCCGGCCGCGGCGCUCGGUCUCGCAGUCCUGCGCCCCCGGCCGGCGGAGCCAUGCUGCGCUGCCGGCUGCACGGAGCCUCCAGCCUCCCCAACCUGGAGAAGCGGGACAAGCAGAGCGACCCGGUGGCCAGCCUGACUUUCCGAGGUGUGAAGAAGAGAACCAAAGUGAUCAAGAACAACGUGAACCCUGUGUGGAAUGAGGGGUUUGACUGGGAUCUGAAAGGAAUUCCCUUGGACCAGAAUGCUGAGCUCACUGUUGUCGUCAAAGACCAUGAGACUGUCGGAAGAAACAGGUUUUUGGGGGAAGCCCGAGUGCCCCUGCAGGACAUCCUGGGCUCGCCCACCCUGGCUGCCAGCUUUCACGUGCCCCUGCUGGACACCAAGAGGCAGAGCACUGGGGCCAUCCUCAACCUGCAGGUUUCCUACAUUCCUCCACCCGGGGCCGCUCCUUUGUUCCCACCGCCUACCCCUCCGGAGCCAACACCGUCCACAGCUGAGCUCGACACCUUCACCGAUACAGCCGGGGAGGAAGACACCGAAGACCAGAUAGCGACAGGGGAUGAGACGGAGCCUUCCACAGGGCCCUCUGGGUCGGAGCAGCCCACGCUCCCCCGGAAGCCUCCUUCACACCACGUCCACGGGAUUAAGAGGAGGAAAAGUGCCCCGAAAAAGCUGCUGUCCAACAAACCUCAGGACUUCCAGAUCAGGGUGCGAGUCAUAGAGGGCAGGCAGCUUCCCGGUGUCAACAUCAAAUCGGUGGUGAAAGUGACGGUGGCUGGACAGACGAAAAGAACUAGGAUCCGCAAAGGGAAUGGCCCGUUCUUCGAUGAGAUCUUUUUCUUCAAUGUCUUUGAAUCUCCGGCUGAGCUGUUUGAUGAGCCCAUUUUCAUCACGGUUGUGGAUUCCCGGUCGCUCCGGACAGACUCUGUGAUUGGGGAAUUUCGGCUGGAUGUUGGGACAGUUUAUGCAGAACCAAAGCAUGCCUUGCUCAGGAAGUGGCUGCUUCUUUCUGACUCUGAAGACUUUUCUGCUGGGGCCAAAGGUUAUGUGAAAGUCAGCCUGUUUGUGCUGGGACCUGGCGACGAAGCUCCCCUGGAGAAGAAAGAAGUGGCUGAAGAGAAGGAAGAUAUUGAGGGAAAUCUUCUGCGUCCAACUGGGGUCACGCUGAGAGGGGCUCACUUCUGCCUGAAAAUUUACAGAGCUGAAGACUUGCCCCAGAUGGACGAUGCCAUCAUGGACAAUGUCAAGCAGAUCUUCGGCUUUGAGAGCAACAAGAAGAACCUGGUUGAUCCAUUUGUGGAAGUCAGCUUUGCCGGCAGAACGAUCAGCUCUAAGAUCCUGGAGAAGAACGCCAACCCACAGUGGAACCAGCGCAUCACCGUGCCGGCCAUGUUUCCUUCCAUGUGUGAGAAAAUGAGGAUCCAGGUCAUGGACUGGGACCGUGUCACUCACAACGAUGUCAUUGGCACGACCCACCUGCGCAUGUCUCAAAUCUCUGCCCCGGGAGGAGAACUGGAAGAUGAGUUUCCUGUUCUUGCGAAGCCCCUGAAAGCUACAGCCAUGGACGACGGGCUGGGAUUCCUGCCGACGUUUGGGCCCUGUUUUGUAAACCUUUAUGGCAGCCCGAGGGAAUUUACCGGGUUUCCAGAUCCCUAUGAGGAACUCAACAUGGGAAAGGGAGAGGGAGUGGCCUUUCGGGGCAGGUUGCUGAUGGAGCUGGAGACAAAACUGGUGGAACAUAUUGAGCAGAAGUUGGAGGACAUCCCGCCUGACGAUAUUCUACGGGUAGAGAAGUACCUGCGGCGGCGCAAGUAUCGCCUCUUCGCCGCCUUCUACUCGGCCAGCAUGCUGCAGGACGUCGACGCCGCCGUCCAGUUCGAAGUCAGCAUCGGCAACUACGGCAACAAGUUCGACAACACGUGCCUGCCGCUGGCCUCCGCCACGCAGUACAGCGGGGCCGUCUUUGACGGUUGCCAGUAUUACUACCUCCCGUGGGGCAAUGUGAAGCCUGUGGUGGUGCUGUCGUCCUACUGGGAGGAUAUCAGCCACAGAACGGACGUGCAGAACCUCCUCCAAUGCAUGGCAGACAGGCUGGAAGCAGGCUUGGAGCUGGUCCACCUUGCGCUAAAGGCCAAGUGCUCAUCAAAUGACUUGGAUUCAUUGGUUGCCCAGUUGAUUGAUGACAUCAUCGCAGACUGCAGCCAGCCGCUAGUCGAUGUCAGCGACAAGACAGACAGCACCCAUCUGGAUCAGUACAUGUACAAAUUCCGCAGCACCAACCUGAACCAGAUUGUCCAGGCAGCUCUGAACCUGAAGCAUGAGGAUUCUGACCUCCAGACGGUGCUGGACCAGGCUGAGGACUGGCUCUUGAGACUAAAAGCCAUGGCAGAGGAGCCCCAGAACAGCCUGCCAGACAUAGUGAUCUGGAUGCUUCGAGGAGACAAGCGCGUGGCUUAUGCCCGGGUGCCAGCCCAUGAAGUUCUUUUCUCCAGGACCGGCGCCAACUGCUGUGGCAAGAACUGUGGGAAACUACAGACGAUAUUUUUGAAAUACCCACAGGAAGAGGCGAUGGGCCCCAGGAUCCCGGCCCAGUUGCGGGUUCAGCUCUGGUUUGGGCUGGCUGUAGACGAGAAGGAGUUUAACAAAUACGCAGAAGGGAAGCUCUCUGUCUUUGCAGAAACCUAUGAGAACCAGGUGAAGCUGGCGCUGGUUGGGAACUGGGGGACGACUGGCCUGACCUACCCCAAAUACAGUGACGUGACCGGCAAAAUCAAACUGCCUAAGGACAGUUUCCGUCCCUCUGUUGGCUGGACGUGGGCUGGGGACUGGUUCAUCAGCCCAGAGAAGACGUUACUUUAUGACACAGAUGCUGGUCACAUGAGCUUUAUAGAGGAAGUGUUUGAGAAUCAAGUCCGGCUUCCUGGAGGCCAGUGGAUCCACAUGGCUGAGGCCUACACGGAUGUGAAUGGGGAGAAAGUGCUUCCUAAGGAGGAGAUCGAGUGUCCCCCAGGAUGGAAAUGGGAAGACGUGGAAUGGGACACAGAUCUCAACCGAGCGGUUGAUGAGAGAGGUUGGGAGUACGGCAUCGCUAUCCCGCCAGACCGCAAGCCCAAGGCCUGGGUGCCGGCUGAGAAGAUGUACCACACUAGCCGGCGGCGGCGGUGGGUGCGGCUCCGCAGGAGGGACCUUAAGAAAAUGGAGGCUCUGAAAAAGCACAAGCAGGAGGAGUUGGAAGGUGAGGGCUGGGAAUAUGCCUCUCUCUUUGGCUGGAAGUUCCACCUCAACUACCGCAAGACGGAUACCUUCCGCCGCCGUCGCUGGAGGCGCCGCAUGGAGCCGCUGGAGCGCACUGGAGCGGCCGCUGUCUUUGCCCUGGAGGGCGCUUUGGGCGGCGUGACAGACGACAAGAGCGAUGAUGGAAAAUCGGUUUCGACCUUGAGCUUCGGUGUGAACAGACCCACCAUCUCCUGCAUAUUUGACUAUGGAAGCAGAUACCACCUGCGUUGCUACAUAUACCAAGCUCGGGAUCUGAUCGCCAUGGACAAGGACAGUUUUUCAGAUCCGUACGCCACCGUCUCCUUCCUCCACCAAAGCCAGAAGACGGUGGUGGUGAAGAACACCUUGAAUCCCACCUGGGACCAGACUCUCAUCUUCUACGAGGUCGAGAUCUUCGGGGAUCCCCAGAACGUUGCUGAUGCCCCCCCCAACAUCGUUGUGGAGAUUUACGACCACGACACCUAUGGUGCGGACGAGUUCAUGGGCCGCUGCAUUUGCAAACCCAGUUUGGAGCGCUCCCCGAGGCUGUCCUGGCACCCUAUCACUAGAGGGAGCCGAAGUGCAGGAGAGCUGCUCGCCGCCUUUGAACUGAUUCAGAGAGAGAAGCCGGCUGUUCACCAUCUCCCUGGCUUCGAGAGCGAGCUGUCUGCCAGUCUGGAUGAGCUGGGCACACCUGCCUUCUUCUACGAAGGGCUCCUGCAAUGGUCUGCAGACUCGGACCUGCCCUACCCUCCGCCCCAGCGGGAGCCCAACAUUUACAUGGUUCCUCAAGGGAUCAAACCAGUGCUCCAGCGCACUGCCAUCGAGAUCUUGGCCUGGGGGCUAAGGAACCUGAAGAGCUAUCAGCUGGCCAGCAUCACCUCCCCCAGCCUCCAAGUGGAGUGCGGAGGCCAGACGGUCCAGUCCUGCGUCAUCAAGAACGUCAAGAAGAACCCCAACUUCGACGUCUGCGUACUCUUCAUGGAAGUGCGCCUACCCAAGGAAGCUCUGUACUGCCCUCCUGUCAUCGUCAAAGUCAUCGACAACAGGCAGUUUGGCCGAAAGCCCGUGGUGGGUCAGUGCACCAUCCAGUCCCUUGAGGAAUUCUACUGCAACCCAUACAGAGAGGAGACCGACACCCCCGAGGAACAGCCAGAUGAGGUGAGCCUCACCCCCAGAGACGAGGUCAUCAUUGAUAUUGACGACAAGGAGCCUCUGAUUCCUGUCCAGCUUACAGAGGGCAUGACCAGCUCCGCUCUAAUUAACAUGCCAGCUUCUUGGGCCGAUCUCCAUGAGGAAGAGUUCAUCGACUGGUGGAGCAAGUUCUACGCUUCAACAGGGGAAAGAGAGAAAUGCGGCGGCUAUUUAGAGAAGGGCUUUGACACACUGAAGGUCUACGAGACAGAGCUGGAGAAUAUGGAGGAAUUUGAGAGGCUCUCCGACUUCUGCCACACCUUCAAGCUCUACCGCGGCAGAACACAGGACGUUAACGAAGAUCCCUCGGUGGUGGGGGAAUUCAAGGGCUCGUUCAAAAUGUACCCCCUCCCGGAUGACCCAGGUGUGCCAGUCCCACCACGCCAGUUCCAUCAGCUCCCAGCCAAAGGACCCCAGGAGUGUCUCAUCAGGGUCUACAUCAUCCGUGCCUUUGACUUGCAACCCAAGGACUCCAAUGGAAAGUGUGACCCCUAUGUGAAGAUUUUGGUGGGAAAGAAAUCCAUAAAUGACCAGGACAAUUACAUCCCAUGCACGCUGGAGCCCGUCUUCGGAAAGAUGUUUGAGCUGACCUGCACUCUGCCUUUGGAGAAGGACCUGAAGGUCACUCUCUACGACUAUGACCUCUUGUCGAAGGAUGAGAAGAUUGGCGAGACCGUCAUAGACCUGGAGAACCGGUUCCUGUCAAAAUUCGGUGCCCGGUGUGGCCUGCCCCAGACCUACUGCAUUUCUGGACCCAACCAGUGGCGAGACCAGCUCCGACCUUCCCAACUGCUCCAUCUCUUCUCCCUGCAACUCAACUGCAAAGCUCCCAUCUAUAAGCCAGACCGGGUCAUAUUCAGGGAACAGGAAUAUAUCCUCUCUGAGUUCGAGGAUGGCAAGCCCCUCAACCCACACCUGGGAGCGCCGGAGGAGCGGCUCGCCCUGUACGCGCUGCGGAAGCAGGGCCUGGUGCCUGAGCAUGUGGAGACGAGGCCUCUCUAUAGCCCGCUGCAGCCUGAAAUUGAGCAGGGAAAGCUACAGAUGUGGGUAGACUUGUUUCCGAAGUCUCUGGGUCCGCCUGGACCUCCGUUCAACAUCAUGCCGCGCAGAGCAAAGAGGUUCUUCUUGCGCUGCAUUAUCUGGAACACGAAAGACGUGAUCCUAGAUGACCUCAGCAUCACUGGAGAGAAGAUGAGCGAUAUCUACGUGAAAGGCUGGAUGAUUGGCCAUGAGGAGAACAAACAGAAGACCGAUGUGCAUUACCGGUCUAUGGGAGGUGAAGGGAAUUUCAACUGGAGAUUUGUCUUCCCCUUUGACUACCUUCCCGCUGAGCAAGUCUGUCACAUUGCUAAAAAGGAGCACUUCUGGAGCUUGGACAAGACGGAUAAUAAAGUCCCACCCCAGCUUAUCCUCCAGAUCUGGGACAAUGACAAAUUCUCUUUUGAUGACUACUUGGGUUCUGUUCAGAUGGACCUCAACCGCAUGCCAACACCCGCCAAGACAGCUGAGAAGUGCUCCUUAAACCUCCUGGAUGAGACCUUGUCCUCUGAUCGAUAUGUGUCGCUCUUUGAGCAGAAAGCUGUCAAGGGCUGGUGGCCCUGUGUUGUGGAAGCGGAAGAGAAGAAGACCAUAGCAGGUAAGUUGGAAAUGACCUUGGAGAUUGUGACAGAGCAGGAGCAGGAAGAAAGGCCGGCGGGGAUGGGCCGCGACGAGCCAAACAUGAACCCGAAGCUGGAGGACCCCAAGCGCCCGGAAACCUCCUUCCUGUGGUUCACCUCCCCCUACAAAACCAUGAAGUACAUCCUGUGGCGGCGCUUCAAGUGGGUCUUUCUCAUCGCCGUUGUGGUCUUCAUCCUGCUGCUCUUCAUCGGGAUUUUCAUCUACGCCUUCCCGAACUACGCUGCUAUGAAACUGGUCAAACCUUUCAGCUGAACCGGCACCAGCGAGGGCCAGAGAGUCUAGUACAUCCUGGGAUACUUUAUGGCACCGUUUGACAUCAGUGACCACUCCACGUCGGCCUGCGAUGCAGAGAAGGAAAAGAAACACAUGCUCUUGGAUGCUAGACUGUUGCCAAAAAGCAGCUAUAACUUUGCAACGAUGCAGUAUGCACAAUAAUGUUUCGAAGCAGCAUGUAACCGAUACCAGUUUGGAAUAUUUGUUAUUUUACCCUUGUUUUAUAUGCUGCAUUCUGUAGAGCUUGAAUAUCAAUGCACCCCACUGAGAAACGGCCUUGUUUGGUAUGGCUUGGUUAGACUCUGCGAGGCUUUGCAGAGACAGUGUAGAUGACUGAUCAUGCAGUCCUUAGCAAAGGAAAUGUGGGCUAGUGGUCUGCUUAGUGGCCUACAAGCCAAGUGCUCUUGAGUUCCAGUCAUACCUUUCUCAGUGGCCUUGCAUAAGUCUCUCUGCCUUAGUUUUGCCCUCUGUGCAAUGUAGAUGAAUUAGCUGGUAUAUAAAGCACUGUGUAGCCUAAAGCGAGUUACAAUGCACCUGUUGCUCCUGCUGAGGUCAAUGGGUGUGAUCUUUGCCUACACAGGGACUGCAGGAUCAAACUGUGAAGAGGAAUAGAAUUAGAAUCUAGAGCAACCAAAUGCAAGGCAGGAUUUGAUUGUAAUUACUGGAGCAAACCUCCCUCGCUCUUCAGUGAGCCUUUUGCUUUCAGAAGGGCUACAAGGAUUUCUUUCCAUAGCACUCUUCAUUUCCAUCCGCAUCCCCUCCAAGACAGCUACCCUCCUCCUCACAGUGUAUCAUUGCAAACACGUUAAAUGGAAUCAGAGUGAAUACAUACCAAAGGAAUAAACACAUGAGCCAGACAGUGCAAUGUUAGUUUCCCAUUCUUUCCGUUCCCCUGAAGAAACAUGUAUGUGUCACUCAAACUGCAAUGUUAAAUCACAUUAUGGCAACACUAGUGAAAUAUACAACAUUACAAUCAGUUUAAUGCCCCUCAACUUCUAAAUCAGGAUUUGGGAAUAAAAGGCAAUAAAUUAAGACACACUCACUAUCUAACCUGUGGAACUCACUGCCCCAUGAUAUUAUUGAGGGAAAUAGUCUAAUACAUUUUUUCUUUUCUCUCUCUCUUUUUUAAAGGAUUGGAGGCCAAAUUCUAUGGCUCCUACUCAGUCCAAAUUCCCAUUGAAGUAAGUGGCAGUUGUGCCCAAGUAAGGAUCGCAGUAUUUGAACAUGCAUAUUUCUCUGUAUGAGAACAGCAUUUGCAUUUCCUCUCGUUGCCCAUCCUCAAACUUCAGGAUGUAAGCUGAUCACUAGCUGGGAUCAGGAACUAAUUUCCCCCCCGGUAUAGCUAGGUGGAUGAAAAGGGUUUUAUAUCUUUUUCUAAAGCUUCUAGCCUUGGCCACUCUUGGAGGCAGUAUCCUAGACUAGAUGGACCUGGUCUAUUCAGGUUGUUGUCCUGUGUCCAUUACCCUGGUAAGUGAGCACUUUCCAAAAUAACGAUGUGAAAGGCGAAGACCCAUGUCUUUUUCCAAUAAGGUUAUUCCACUAUUCUUAUUGUCUGUGGGCUCAAUCCUAGCCCCAUUGAAAUCAUAGAGUAUCAGGGUUGGAAGGGACCUCAGGAGGUCAUCUAAUCCAACCCCCUCCUCAAAGCAGGACCAAUCCCCAAUUUUUGCCCUAGAACCCUAAAUGGCCCCCUCAAGGAUUGAACUCACAACCCUGGGUUUAUCAAGCCAAUGCGCAAACCACUGAGCUAUUCUUCCCCCCAAUAAUAAUAAGUAAAUGGAAGCUUUCCCAUUGACUCCAGUGGGAUUAGAGUUUGGUCCAGUAGGUCGACUUCACUCAGUACCUGAACCCUCAAUGCAGAGUGCACAGUGAGAGCAAGCCGCAAUGAAAGGUGACCCUUAGCGACCCUGUGAUCCUCAUCCAGCACAGUGCUUAAGCAGGUAAACAUUGGAAGCCCCGAAGAAGCACAUGAUUAAGUGCUUUGCUGGAUCAAGAGGAGAAGAAACAAGCCCUAAAUCCCUUAUACAUUGUAAUUAAUUAUUGCAAUUAGCACCAGAACAUGCCUUUGCAAUCACAAGGGACAACAGGCCCUGCCCUGAAGACCAUGCGCAGCUCUGAAAAGAAAUCACCAGGCUGGCUCAGAUCAAGCUUCCAUCUAUCCCAAUAUCACGUCUCCAACAGUGGCCGACCCCAACUGCUUAGAAAAAGGUGCAAGAAACUCUGUCAAAGUCAGUGAUGGAAUAGCCUGCUGACGGGGAGGGGAGGGGAGGGGGUUCUUCCUAACCAUAAGAACGGCCAUACUGAGUCAGACUAAUGGUCCAUCUAGCCCAGUAUCCUGUCUUCCGACAGCGGCCAAUGCCAGGUGCAGUUAUAUGAUUGCCAUUCCGCUCCCCAAACAGCCCCCAGCCCCACUGAUGCAUUUCAGGUCAGAAACUGCAGCCAUGUUUGUUUGUAGACAUUAGACUGCUGCGUUUUAGUCAAAGUUGGGUUAAAUUAGAGUCCAGCCUUUCUCCAUUAAAAAGAUUGGGCUAAGAAAAAGAAGUGUAUUGACAACUCCCUGUGUUAUUUGCACCCAGUAUUUCAUGUCCUUUUCACAUCUGAGUUGGCUCCGUAUGUUUUGCAAAUGCACCUGUGUCUAUGUGGGUGUCUCAUUUAUUCCUUCCUCCAUACCCAGCCUGCAUCAACGUAUUAUGUGCUGUACUUUCUGCUGGCUGCAAGAUCUCCUUACUCUGCACUCAUUGCAAAGAGGCACCAUCAAGGCUGCAGUUGGGAAUCAGGCAGAAAAUUCCACCUCCCUUUUCUUCUUGCAUCUGCUUGCAGAGUCCAUGAAACUCCUUAUCCCAGCACACUGCUAUAUAACCUCCAACCCUCUCAGAAAGAAAACCUCAAUGCCAGCAACCCAGCAAGGAUAAACCACCCUGCUAUAACAAACCAAUGCAUGCAGCCAGAUGCUUAUUAGCAACCCAAACCAACAACCACUCUGUGCACCCAGCACUGACAAGUAACCCUACUAGAAGAAACCCACAUUUACAGCUCAAAUUCUCACAAGCCAUCUUGCAUUAAGAAACCACUGUGUUUUUCCCAGCACUUCCGAGCAGCACUACCAUAACAAACCAGGGUGGCUGUUCAAUGGAGGAAAAAGAACAUUAAUAAAGGGUACUGAUUUCAGAGUCCCUAAAUAUACCAUUACAUGGAACAAAAACAUUUGGAGGGUACUGCUUUAAUUUCAUCCCCAUAUAAUACCCUCCACUUUCCCUAGUUCUAACCAUAGGGCCAGAUUUUACUCUCAGAAGAGUUUGCUGCUCUCACGGACUUAAUUGUGCAAAACGGGGCCCUAAAUCAUGACACAAGAAAGAUCAAAUGAACAUUAAUUUCAUGUUGCAGCACAAAGGAGCACAUGCACCUGUCUGUGCCAAUUGCACUUUGUGUUUUUGCUGCAUCCCGUCCCAUCACCAAAACAGACAAGAAGUCCUGAGUCAUGCAGAGCCUCUCCUGGGUCACCUGUUGUUCAAUAUGGGCUGGAAGGGAGGGAGCCAGAAUGUGUAUGUAUCACCUGUUAUGCCUUAGAUGCAAUACUGCAGAUUUCACUGUGGUUACAAAUGAAAUGCUAUGAAAACUU